AAGACAAAUGCGGAAAUGACGUAACAUCACGUGAACAGUACGAAAAAAAAAGUAUUUCCUUGUACUAGGGGAAAGCUGAGGUUUAGACAUGUCUAAACCCAAAUUAGUUGUGUUUGACCUCGAUUUCACACUGUGGCCUUACUGGGUGGAUACCCACGUCAAUCCUCCUUUCCGCAAGGAUAAGAGUGGGAGGGUGGUGGACUCAUGCAAUGAACAUGUCCGGCUUUAUGAAGACACCGUAGACGUUCUCCGCUUUCUGCACACUCAGGGCAUACAGAUCGGCGUGGCUUCGCGCACAGGGGAAGUGGAUGGAGCCAAUGAGCUACUCUCACUCUACAACCUCGACCAAUACAUUACCUUCAAAGAGAUUUACCCAGGGUCAAAGGUCCCACACUUUAACAGAUUGCAGGCAGACAGUGGUGUGUGCUACACAGACAUGAUGUUCUUUGAUGAUGAACCCAGAAACAUCAUUGAAGUCGGCAGGCUGGGUGUGCACUGUGUCCUUGUUCCUGAUGGUGUUACCUCUAAACUCCUUCAUGAUGAGCUUCAGAAGUUCAUGAAGAGGACCUGAGUGUGUAAAUCUCUGCUGCAGUGUACAGUGUGUCCUGCAGGGGGCAGCAGAGAUCAUCACUCUCAUCACUGCGUACUGUAACACUUUGUGAAGAGUGUAUUUUUGAUUUUACUCAUGGGCUAACCACGCGUUACUGGGGGGUGGGGGUGGGGGUGGGGGGGGUGAUUCGUGUCCCCCCCAAUGUUGAGGAAAUACCAAUCUGUCCCCUCAAUAUACAGUACAAAAUAUUUUCUAUAUGUCCCCAUUUAAUGAACCCUGCCAACAGAUCUGUCUUUUCUUCAUCUAUUCUAUUUAUUUAUUUCUAUUACUUUUAAAUAUAUUUCCGUUUGUUAAGGAAAAUAGGUGUGUGCCCCCACUCCAAUUGUACGCUUGGUUGCGCCUAUACUCAAGUAAGUUCGUUGAUAUAUUUCACCAGCUCAGUCUGUAAGAAAUGGAGACAGCAGCCAAGCGUAGAAAAGUGCAGCAGAACAUACAAGCUUUUUUUUCAGACAGUAAGUAACUAGAUACCUAAAUAGUAGGUAACCUUAGCUUAGUAUAGAAGGCAUCAUAGCAUGGCUUGGUUUGUUCUUAAGAACGUCAAUUAACUUUUGAUAUUUGCAUACGCACGAAGACCAUUAACGUUACAUUCACUUGCAUAUCCUCCCGCCGAGUUCGUUGGACCCCCCCAGUGUCCAUACCAUGGUUACACCCUUGACUUUACUCCAAAUAUUAACGUUAAUUUAAGAGAUCAACAGCAUCAUGUGGAACUGUUAGAAAAAAAUGUGGCUAUAUUUACACAUAAAGCUGUUAGAGACAUCAGUGUAUUAGAGAAAGAGUUUACAGAGGUAACUGUUAUAUCUACCUAUUUUUAAAUGUCUGUUACUGCUCAUUCUAAAUAAUUUAAAAUGUAUUUUACAAUAUUAAAUUAACCAUAUUCAUCCAGUC